AUGGUUCUCGAGACUCCCUUACUCAGGGCCUGCACCGCAUGCGAGAGGUCAGGGAAACAAGUCGAGUGCUCAAGUACCAGUGACCAGUUUGCUAGAGGUAAAGAGCGAAGCUAUGUCGCUACCUUGGAAACAAGGAUAGAAAAGCUCGAACGCAGAUUACAAGAGUCUCAGCACAGGAAAGCUUCUGUUGUGGCUGCUCACGCCUAUGAUGGUGCUGUCCAAAGACAUGUCCCUUCCGAAGGAGUCAACAGAACUUCAAAAAGGCUCGAGGCUCAAGAAAUCGAUGAUCUCGUGUCCGAUUUUGGUUACCUAACUGUAAACGCAACAGCACGGGAUUUCUACGGCUUCACAUCAAACAUGUCCUAUGCUCGCAUGGUGCUCUCUGCGUGUACCAAAGACUCCCUUCCUCCAGGCUUUGUGACUCCACUGCCGCCCCGAAAUGAGGCUAUGAUCACCAUCAGGCACUAUUUUGAGAACUUCUUUGUCAUGUAUCCUUUCUUCGAAGAAUCGAGUUUCUAUGCAUCCAUUGAUGCUGUAUAUAGCUCGGAGAGCUCUAGAAACUCGACAGCGUCGCCCUUCGACCACUUUUCCGUCAGAUUGGUACUCGCAAUCGCACACUCUGGACGAAUGGAGCAACGAGGUGACGGCAAUUAUAUGGCUGCUAUCGGACAUGUCUCUGCUGCCUUGGUUCAUGCCGAACACGUCCUUCGUCCUGGAUCAAUCGCAAGCGUUCAGGCAAUGCUACUGCUACACGAGUAUUCUAUGAUCGAUCCUCAUCAUUUCGACAGUUGGGGUCUGAUAGGCGCAGCUUCGCGCGCCAUGGUUGAUUUGGGACUCCAUCAAGAUCCUCCGCGGAGUACUGCUAUCUCUAGAGCGAAGCUAGAGCUGCGAAGACGGGUGUUCUGGUGUGUCUACGGGUUCGACCGGUCAACGAGUCUGAUUCAAUCACGAGCCUUUUCGUUCUCGGACGACUCUGCCAACGUUGCUUUGCCCUUCUCUACAGCACAAACAUUGGUUCCACCGGAUGCCAAAGACGACUCGAAUCACAUUCUGUUCAAAAGCUUCGGUUCAGCAAUCGACCUUUUUAAUUUAAGACGGAUACAAUCAGAUUGGUACACCGAGCUGUUUCAGUCAGGGCGGAUACCUUUGUCAGACCCAUAUCCAAUAAUCUGGCGUUCUUGCGAAGCGAUGAAGAACUGGUUUGCUGGCCUGUCCCCGAGCAUGACUCCACAAGUUCGCACCUUCUUUGAGCUCAAUAUGCUCUACUCAUAUAUCUACAUUCUCGCUGCAUCGCCACGGAUGCCUUUUGUUGCACCCUUUGCGCAAAGCCUCAUUUUCGAAUAUUGCAUUCAAUACGCCGAGAAGAUGACAUCUCAUGCGAAUGAGCGUGUCAAGACAGCUCCUCUGAGUUUCUAUGAUGCGAUGCGGGUGUACAUGACCGGCCGUCAAUUCAUCGAGGUGUUGCAAGGCAACGAGGACCGGCUAUUAUCAGGCAUCAUUCCCGAUCCACCACUUGUCCCCGUCGAUUCAGCGCCACCACCCCCAGCACCUCACACGCCCAGGGAUUUUCAGAAGAACCUCAUGCGGAGCAUUGACUGCAUAAAGCGUUUGACGGACUGUCUUGGUCUAUUUGGGCUGCGAUGGGGAUACAUGAGUUGGCGCGAUCGCUUUCAACGUGACUCCGAAAGUCUUCUAUCCUCUCUGAACCAGCGUGUGUGGAAAAGGCAAGACUCGACUAACGGUCCUGCUCGGCCUGUCUGGAACUUCACUGACUCUGCUGGACCUCUUCCGGAGACGAUUAUUCCUCCUCCUGGUCCGCAUCAACAUCUCCAACCACUCAUCACCCCAACCUACCCUCCAGAGUUCCAGCAAAGUACCGAGUUCUAUCAAUCGCAUUACAACAGUGUUGCUCCUCAAACAGGACAACACUAUCCAGCAUGGCAUGGGCAUGAUUCGCUGGGCCCGGUCAGCGACCAGCAGGAGCAGCUUAGCAUAUCGCACACACGUACUUAUUGA